CAUUUGAAACCUUCCAACUUAUUCACUCUCGAUCCCAUGGCUCCUCACCUUACCACUAUCCACUAUCUCUUCCCCUCCGUACGAGUUCUCACCUUUCUUUCCUUGGCAUCUCUUUCGGCCUCCCUGGAGAACGGAGAUGAUUUUGUGAGAUGGGUGUCUUGGAACGUGGAGAACUAUAAGCAGCAGUCCGCCGCCACAUUCCGGCCGAGUUUCGUCUUUGGCGAGCCAGGAGUCGUCGGCCCGAGAGCCAUCGACCUGAAACUUUCCAAGGCAGAAGCAGCAGCCGUGAGGUAUAUCGUAAGCCAGGAUGGUACUGGCAAUUAUAGGAGCAUAAGGGAAGCCAUAGGCACAAUCCCGUUGCACAACACGAGGAGAGUGAUAUUAGAGAUCAGACCAGGGAUCUAUAGGGAGAAGAUAGUGAUCCCAAAAUCCAUGCCCUUCAUCACCUUGUUAGGUGACCCGGCGAGCCCACCGAUCAUUAGCGGAAACGACACGGCGGCCAAGAUGGGCGACAACGGGAGGGCUCUGAAAACCUUCCGCUCUCCAACCGUUGCGGUUAAUUCCAACUUCUUCCUAGCUGCCUACAUCCAGUUCGAGAACACAGCUCCGGUCCCGGAUGUCGGGCAGAGGGGAGGGCAGGCGGUGGCAGUUCGGGUUUCUGGAGACAAGGCUGCCUUUUACAAUUGCAGCUUUUAUGGGGAGCAAGACACUCUGUAUGAUCACAAAGGUCUUCACUACUUCAAGAAUUGCUUCAUCCAGGGAUCAGUGGACUUCAUCUUUGGAUACGGCAGAUCUCUGUACGAAAAUUGCUACCUCAACUCCGUAGCGAAGAAGGUUGCAGCACUAACUGCGCAGAAACGGAACAUGGCGUCGAUGGAGAGCGGGUUCUCGUUCGUCAGGAGCACCAUCACGGGAAGCGGCCUGGUGUACCUGGGGAGGGCAUGGGGAGACCAUUCGAGGGUCGUCUUCUCCUACACAUUCAUGGACAAGGUGGUCAUACCACAAGGCUGGAACAGUUGGCGCAUCCACCGCCCUGAAGCCAGAAGCGGGGUGUAUUACGGGGAGUUCCAAUGCGGUGGGCCUGGUGCUAACUGGACAGGCAGAGUUCACUGGGCUCGUCUACUGACCCACGAGGAAGCACAACCUUUCCUGGGGACGUACUAUGUCAAUGGCGAUUCAUGGCUUUUAGGACCACCAUCAACGUAAUUGCUGAUGCCGCUUCAUGAGCGUUGGUAAGGUUGCUCAUUUAAGUUUAAUUUGGAGCUACGAGCUGUGCGUGUUUUCCUGUUUUUUAUUUCAUGUAUAAAAUAAUGGGCGAAUGCAACUCGUACGAGUGACUUAUGUGGUUUUAAAAUGGAAUGGAACUUGUCGUACUUUGCUGCGUA